CUUGCUGUUGCUAGGGAAACCUUAAGAGGAGUGGUGGUUCUCAUGAAGCUUUCCCUUGAUUUGCGUCUACUGGGAGGAGGCUGAUAGUUAUGCAGUGAGUGGCUUUCACAGUGUUCGACCUUAUUUCUCUCACAGUCAGCAGCAACUUCCCGUCGCACUUCAGGGGACAAUGCCAGCUAACUUGAAUUCAAAAUGACCUUAACAGAUUAGAGAGCUGGUUGGCCAAAACUAACAAAAUGGAUUACAAGGACAAAUGUAAGAUGCUACUGUUAGGCAGAAAAAAAUGAGAUGCAAAGAAAUACAAUGGGUGACGCCUGGCUCGACAACAGUCAAUGUGAGAACGGUCUUGGAGUCUCAGUGGAGAACAAGUUGAACAUGAGCCAAGAGUGUGAUGCAGCAACUAAAAAGGUCAAUUGGAUUCUGGGCUGCAUCCAAAGGAGUCAAGUGUCCAGACUGAGGGAAAUGAUGCUACUCCUGUAUUCUGCUUUGGUCAGACCUUUUUUCCUGGAUCCACACUGUGUCCAAUUCUGGGCACCACAGUUUAAAGAGAUGUUGACUCUAAGCUGGAAUGUGCCCAGAAGAGGGCACCUCAAAGGAUCAAGGGUCUGGGCAUGUUUAGUCUGUGGUAGAGAAGGCAGGGAGGAUCAAGAUGGGAGGGGAAGGAAAUCAUGGAAAGGAGGGAGGGGGCUUCCUUUCUGCUGGAGACUAGGACGCAAUGGAGCAACUCCAGGAAAGGAAGGAGAUUCCACUUGAACACGAGGAAGAACUUCUUGACUGUUUGAGAGAGAGAGCUGUUCAGAAGUGGGACACAGUGGGACUCUCUCUCUCUCUCUCUCUCUCUCUCUCUCUCCCUCUGUUCUAGAGAGAGUGUGGUGGACACUCCUCCUUCUUUGGAGGCUUUUAAACAGGGGCUAGAUGGCCAUCUGUCGGGGAUGCUUUGAUUGUGCUUUUCCUGCAUGGUGGGGUGUUGAACAAGAUGGCCUAUGUGAACUCUAUGAUUCAAUGAAAUGAAUUGCCUGAAAAAAGAGCUCAGAGCAAAGUGCAAACAUGUUCAUUGCCAGCUGAUAAGGAACAAGUGACAAUAUGCAAUGAUUAAACUAAAUGAUGCGGAUAUUAUUAUUUUUAUUUCAGACUGUCCAUUGGUUAACUUUGACCAUCCCCAUGCUUUGCGGUGGAGUGAGCUAACUCCCAGUCUUCCCUGUCUCUGAUUCUGGGCCAGUCUUGCAAGGCCUUGCUUCUGGAGGCCGGGAUGGAGCCCCUGGGGAUGUCCACUGUCCUCCUCCUCACCUGCCUCUCCUGCCUCCUGCUCUCUGCCAUCUGGAAAAGUGGGGCCCGGCAGAAGGGCAAGAUGCCCCCCGGCCCCACCCCGCUGCCCAUCAUUGGGAACGCCCUGCAGCUCAAGACCCACCACCUGGAUCAGGUUCUCCAGAAGAUGAGUGAGAAGUAUGGCCCUGUGUUUACCCUUUAUUUUGGGAUGGCUCCCGCUGUGGUGCUCCAUGGCUAUGAGGCCAUCAAAGAAGCCUUGCUGGACCGGGGCAAUGAAUUUGCAUCAAGGGGAAAAAUGCACUUAAUUGAGAAAACCAACAGAGGCAAAGGGAUCAUAUUCAGCAAUGGAGAGACGUGGAAGCAGCUCCGGCGCUUUGCCUUGACCACCCUCCGCAACUUUGGGAUGGGGAAGAAGAGCAUUGAGGAGAGGAUCCAUGAGGAAGCCCAGUAUCUCCUGGAGCAAUUCCGCAACACAAAGCAGCAGCCCUUUGACCCGCAUUACCUGUUCAGCUGUGCCACCUCCAAUGUCAUCUGCUCCAUUGUCUUUGGAAAGCGCUACGAUUACAAGGACAAGAAGUUUCAAGCCAUGUUGAACUUAAUGAAUGAGAACUUUGAGAUGUUUAACUCUGCUUGGGCCCAGCUCGCCAACAUGUUCCCUACCCUAAUGGAGUGGAUCCCUGGGCCUCAUCACCGCAUAGUGUCCGGAAGCCUCCGAUCCGAGGAGUUUGUUUUGGAGGAAGCCAAGGAGCACAGGGCGACUCUGGACCCCAGCUCCCCGCGGGACUUCAUCGAUUGCUUCUACAUCAAAAUGGAUCAGGAGAAGCACAACGAGGCCUCCGAGUUCACCAUGGAGAACCUGAUCAUGAGCAGCCUGGACUUGUUUGCCGCAGGAACCGAAACGACCAGCACUACGCUCCGAUACGGGCUCUUGAUCCUCCAAAAAUACCCAGAGAUUGAAGAGAAAGUGCAGGAGGAGAUUGACCGGGUGGUUGGCCGCUCCCGGAUGCCCGGCAUGGCUGACCGCGGACAGAUGCCUUAUACGGACACCGUCCUCCACGAGAUCCAGAGGUUCGUCUCUCUCGUCCCACUCGGCGUCCCGCAUACCGUGGACAAAGACACACCGUUCAGAGGAUAUGUCAUCCCGAAAGGCACCACAAUCUUUCCUGUCCUGACCUCGGUGCUGCAUGACAGCAAGGAAUUUCCCAACCCCACAGAGUUUGACCCAGGGCACUUCUUGAAUGAGGAUGGGACCUUCAGGAAGAGUGACUACUUUGUGCCCUUUUCAACAGGCAAACGGAUUUGCGCAGGUGAAGGCCUGGCCCGCAUGGAGCUCUUCCUGUUCCUCACUUCCAUUCUCCAGAACUUCAAGCUGAAGCCCCUCAAGGACCCCAAGGACAUCGACAUCAUGCCUCGGCUGAGUAGCUUGAACAACUUCCCUCAACCCUACAAGUUCUGCCUUGUCCCUCGCUGAAAAGAUCACCAAAAGCUAUUGUCAGAGGAUCUCAGCUUGGACUUCUUUUUAACCUUAGACCUUUGCUGUUGAGAAAAUAAUACUAGAGCUCCUUGAAAGCCUUUCUAACCUCAAUUGAAAGCAUGAUUUUGUAUUAAAGCUAUGAAGAUCAAACUGGAGUCUUCCAAAUCUGUACAGAUGGAUGGUUUUAACUCACUUAAUGAUUUAAUAUUCAUUUAAUCUUCUUAACUUAUUCUCCAAUUUAACUUGUUUUCAACUGACUUUUUUGGGUAUGCCAUGCAUUGCUUCUCCUGAGGAGCCCCAUGUGCAAAAAGUCCUCCUCCGUUUUGUUGAGGCUAGGCUCCCUUUUGAGCCUCAGAAACCUGUUUCCCCAAUAAUGGAUUCUGAGGAGAGGAGAUGAGUACAAACCAACAUUUAUUUUGCAAAACAAAGGUACUGUCGGGCAGCAUAGAGAGAGAAUGCCACACGGGAUGCAACCUUAGGUUUUUAUACAUUUUCCAGGGAAAUUUCAUACCUCUGUGUUUUGCUAUUCUCAGCCCUUUGUCCUUUCAUCUGGUCUUUUCUCAUGCAUGGUGCUUUUGAUGAAAUGUUUAUCAAAACAGUUCAAGACAAAUGUCCGGUUAUAACCAAUAUUAUCAAUAUUAUCUGGGCCCUUUGAAGCCUCAAUGUGGCCCAAUUGAUCAAAAUCAAGCUACAUCAAAAUGACAUUUCCAACCCUUACAUCUGAGGCAGUUGUAUUCCCAGACCCUCCAAGGAAGUGAUGGUCUGUUUAUUGCUGUCAUUUGGUGUUUGUAGUAAACCCUUCUUUCAACUGCUGUUUGUGUUACAUACUUUCAAAGACACUAAAGCUAUCUCCAGUUGAUUUCGAAGACACUAAAGCUAUUUUACCGAUCAGUCGAUUGCUAUUUAUUAAUCAAAUUGAAUCAAAUUAAAUCAGGCCCCUUGUGUCCCUUCAGUUUCCUCCUGGAGCAUUGUCCUUGUCCCUUUCCUCCAUGGACACAAGUGCUCUCUGUGUUUACUGCUCUGUUCUGCUUUGCCGUUGCCAUUUGGGAGCCAUUGCCACACAAUGAGAGAAGGGCCAGGGCAUUGCCCCUCGCAUGGCAUUCAGAAGAAGACCUAAGAGCAAUGGGGCUCCAACUUAUCUCUUUAUGACCUAAACAUUACCCUAUGUUACAUGAUUUUAGAGCCAUUUCUAAUUGGUUCUAUCAUUUAAAAAAAAUGGGAAAAGUUUAUUACACUGCAAAAACUUUCUCUUUGCAAGAGGGACAUCAUCCUGCUAUAGCACAUUUUGCUCAAGUUUUCCAAUGAAUAUCUCAUCCAAUGCAACCUGGUUUGUGGCAGCAACCAAAACAAAGUUUCUGGAGGAGAACAACUAGAAUCAUAGAAUCAAACUGCUUUCAAAGUAAACA